CUUCUUCUCGCCCCCGGCCCCCCAAGCCAAUAUUUUUUUUUCCAGGGGAAUCAGAGACAGCAGGGUCCAGACUGAGGAGCUCCGGGCUGCGGGGGACUAUUCAGAAUCCACAAGCUAGCAGACUUGAAGAUGCUGAGAGUGCAGAGACCGAGACUGGUCAGGCUCACAGCCCGCCUCUCCAGAGGUCUCCACCACAAGCCAGUGAUGGCGCUCCGGAGAGAGGAUGUGAACGCCUGGGAGCGCAGGGCGCCUCUGGCUCCCAAACACAUAAAGGGCAUCACCAAACUGGGAUACAAGGUCUUGAUACAGCCUUCCAAUCGACGGGCCAUCCACGACAAGGAGUAUGCCAGGGCUGGUGGCAUUCUACAGGAGGACAUCACAGAAGCUUGUCUAAUUUUGGGAGUAAAAAGACCUCCAGAGGAAAAAUUGAUGUCCAAGAAGACUUAUGCCUUCUUUUCCCACACAAUAAAGGCCCAGGAAGCCAAUAUGAGCUUGUUGGAUGAAGUCCUGAAACAGGAAAUCCGAUUAAUUGAUUAUGAGAAAAUGGUGGACCACAGAGGGUCUCGGAUAGUGGCUUUUGGACAGUGGGCUGGUGUGGCAGGAAUGAUCAAUAUUUUACAUGGAAUGGGUUUAAGGCUCCUUGCUUUGGGACAUCAUACACCUUUUAUGCAUCUUGGCAUGGCUCACAACUACAGGAACAGCAGUCAGGCCGUGCAGGCUGUCCGUGACGCAGGCUAUGAAAUAUCUCUGGGUUUAAUGCCAAAGUCAAUAGGACCCUUAACCUUUGUGUUCACGGGGACUGGCAACGUAUCCAAGGGAGCCCAAGAAGUCUUCAACGAACUACCUUGUGAGUAUGUGGAGCCCCAUGAACUAAAAGAAGUUUCAAAAACUGGAGACCUCAGGAAAGUGUAUGGGACGGUGUUAAGUCGCCAUCAUCAUCUUGUCAGGAAAACAGAUGGUGUGUAUGAUCCUGUAGAGUAUGAGAAAUAUCCUGAGCGCUAUAUAAGUCGUUUUAAUACAGAUAUUGCACCAUAUACAACUUGUUUAAUCAAUGGAAUCUACUGGGAGCAAAAUACCCCUCGCCUGCUAACUCGUCAGGAUGCUAAGAGUCUCCUAGCUCCAGUGAAGUCUUCAGUGGCUCCUGUUGAAGGAUGCCCUGAAUUACCACACAAGCUUGUGGCAAUAUGUGACAUUUCUGCAGACACAGGAGGGUCUAUAGACUUUAUGACUGAGUGUACUACGAUAGAACGACCCUUUUGCAUGUAUGAUGCAGACCAGCAUAUUAUUCAUGACAGUGUUGAAGGCUCCGGGAUUCUGAUGUGUUCCAUUGACAAUUUGCCAGCACAGCUUCCAAUUGAGGCUACAGAAUACUUUGGAGAUAUGCUUUACCCUUAUGUUGAAGAAAUGUUGUUAUCAGAUGCGUCACAGCCCCUCGAAAGCCAGAACUUCUCCCCAGUGGUGCGAGACGCAGUGAUUACAUCUAAUGGUACAUUGACUGAUAAAUACAAGUAUAUCCAGAAACUCCGAGAAAGCAGAGAACGUAUUCAGUCUCUUUCAAUGAGUACCAAGAAGAAGGUGUUGGUGCUUGGGUCUGGCUAUGUAUCUGAGCCUGUUUUAGAAUACCUGUCAAGAGACAACAAUAUAGAAAUAACAGUAGGCUCUGACAUGACGAACCAAAUGCAACAGUUAAGCAAGAAAUACAACAUUAACCCUGUUAGCGUGACCAUUGGUAAGCAAGAGGAAAAGCUGCAGUCUUUGGUGGCCUCGCAGGAUCUUGUCAUAAGCUUGUUGCCUUAUGUGCUUCAUCCUGUUGUGGCCAAAACAUGCAUCUCAAACAGAGUCAACAUGAUCACUGCGAGCUACAUCACACCAGCCAUGAAAGAACUGGAGAAGAGUGUGGAAGACGCUGGCAUCACAGUCAUUGGUGAAUUGGGAUUAGAUCCUGGUCUUGAUCACAUGUUGGCAAUGGAAACAAUUGAUAAGGCCAAAGAGCUGGGAGCCACGAUUGAGUCUUAUAUUUCCUACUGUGGUGGCCUUCCAGCCCCUGAAUAUUCAGACAAUCCCUUGCGAUAUAAAUUCAGCUGGAGUCCAGUGGGUGUCUUGAUGAACAUAAUGCAACCAGCUAGCUAUCUGCUCAAUGGAAAGGUUGUGAAUGUGACAGGGGGAGUCUCUUUUCUGGACUCUGUCACACCCAUGGAUUACUUCCCAGGCCUGAACUUGGAAGGCUAUCCUAACAGAGAUAGUACAAGAUACGCUGAAAUUUAUGGAAUUCCAUCUGCCCAUACAUUUUUGAGGGGAACACUUAGAUAUAAGGGAUACUCCAAAGCUCUUAAUGGAUUUGUAAAGUUGGGUCUCAUCAACAGAGAAGCAUAUCCUGCUCUUCGACCUGAGGCCAACCCUCUCACCUGGAAACAGCUCCUGUGCGACCUAGUUGGGAUUUCCCGCUCCUCUUCAUGUGAGAAACUUAAGGAAACUGUCUUCACAAAGCUAGGAGGGGACAGUACUCAACUUGAGGCUGCUGAAUGGUUGGGCUUAUUGGGGGAUGAGCAAGUCCCUCAGGCAGAGUCCCUUGUGGAUGCAUUCUCCAAGCACUUGGUCUCAAGACUCUCCUAUGGCCCCGAAGAAAAAGAUAUGAUUGUGAUGAGAGACAGUUUUGGCAUCAGAUAUCCUUCUGGACAUUUAGAAAAUAAGAUCAUCGACCUUGUAGUUUAUGGAGAUUCCAAUGGCUUUUCUGCAAUGGCUAAAACUGUGGGGUUACCAACCGCCAUGGCAGCCAAAAUGUUACUUGAUGGUGAAAUUGAAGCCAAAGGCCUAAUGGGACCAUUUACAAAGGAGAUCUAUGGGCCAAUAUUGGAGCGGAUUAAAGCAGAAGGCAUUGUAUUUAACACACAGAACACAAUCAAGCUAUAAAUGGGCAUUUAUUUUCCUAGGCAUCACAGCCGUCAACUUGUGUGAGACAAACAUGCUUGCUGAUGUCCUAAAGCAUGACAUUUUAUGUUUUGAGCAUAACUUACUCAACACAUUUAGCAUAUGUUUUGUGUAAUUUAAUGUAAUGGCAUUUUAAAAACUCAAAUCUCUAUUUUAGUAAAACUUUUGGAAUAGAAGAUGCCAGUCAUUACAGAGACCUUUAAUACGUCUACUGUGUAUUUUUGUGUGUAUGUAAAAGGGAUAAUGAUCAUAGUUUGUUAAUUUAUUGUGCUUCCUUUGUCUUAUAAGAAUAUAUCAUCAACAAAUACAGUUGUACUUUUUUGCCAGAAAAAAUUCAUGUAGUUAUAUUUUUGUAUUUUUCAAAUUGAUUAUUCUAGAUAACAUUAGAUUGACAUAGCUACAAACAACUUCAAAAGUACUGUUUCAUGCCUUUGUAAAGUUAUGAUCCCUUUAGUAAAUUUUUUUGAAAAUCAAAAA